UCAAGGACCAGGGAAAUAGCUAGAAUAAUACUAAUACUACUGCUAAUAAUAAUAAAGAGUGUGGGCAGGAAAAGGAGUUCGCGGGGGGAAGCAGAGGGCGAGAAGAAGGCGCGCUCCCGAGGACGGGCCCGGGCAAGGGGCAGAACCGGCUCCUCGCUGGGGCUACCGGCACCCCCUGCCCCGGGGCGGCCGUCGGGGCGGCAGCAGCACGUGGAAGCGGCGGGGCAUGGUCUCCGCGGGGGCUCCUGCGGCCUGAGCCACCCCCACCGCCGGCACCAUGGCGGCCGCCGCCGACACUGGCCUCGACGUGGCGGCGGUGGAAAGUUUCCUAGAGAGGCACCCGGAGCUGGUGGAGAAGUGGUUGAAGAGGAAGAACUCGCUUCCUAAAGCGCCCUCGGUACCCGCCGCCGGCCCGUCGGAGGAGCGCCGAAGCAGCUGCGGCCCCGGCGGCGGCUGGGGCAGUGCGGGCGGCCCCGGCGUCCUGCAGCGCCGAGCCUCUCAGAUGGAGCUGCGGAAGAGCUUCGCCCGCUCCAAGGCCAUCCAUGUCAACCUUACCUACGACGAACAUGUGCACGCCCGGGCGCAGGAGCCGCUGAGCAGCGUACGGCGGCGGGCGCUGUUGCGGAAGGCCAGUUCCUUGCCCCCCACCACCGCGCACAUCCUCAGCGCCCUGCUGGAGUCCCGCAUCAGCCUGCCCCAGUACCCCCCCACUGCCCUGGACUACAAACGCUACCUCAAGGAGCAUAACGAGCGCCAGUUCUUCCUGGAGCUAGUCAAGGACAUCUCCAACGACCUGGACCUCACCAGCCUCAGCUACAAGAUCCUCAUCUUCGUCUGCCUCAUGGUGGACGCCGACCGGGGCUCCCUUUUCCUCGUGGAGGGGGCCGCCGCCGGUAAGAAGAGUCUAGUCUCCAAGUUCUUCGACGUGCACGCCGGCACCCCGCUGCUGCCCUGCGGCUCCACAGAGAACAGCAACGAGGUGCAGGUGCCCUGGGGUAAGGGCAUCAUCGGCUACGUUGCAGAGCACGGAGAGACCGUCAACAUCCCCGACGCCUACCAGGAUCGACGCUUUAAUGAUGAGAUUGACAAACUGACUGGAUACAAGACAAAGUCACUUCUGUGCAUGCCCAUAAGAAACAGUGAUGGAGAGAUUAUUGGUGUUGCCCAAGCAAUUAAUAAGACUCCUGGAGGUGCCCCCUUUUCUGAUGAUGAUGAAAAAGUGAUGCAGAUGUAUCUCCCUUUCUGUGGGAUUGCCAUAUCCAAUGCUCAGCUAUUUGCAGCUUCAAGGAAGGAAUAUGACAGAAGCAGGGCUUUACUAGAAGUAGUGAAUGACCUCUUUGAGGAACAGACUGACUUGGAGAAAAUUGUCAAGAAAAUUAUGCAUCGAGCCCAGACUCUUCUGAAGUGUGAACGAUGCUCAGUAUUGCUACUGGAAGAUAUCGAAUCACCAGUGGUGAAAUUUACAAAAUCCUUUGAGUUGUUAUCUCCAAAAUGCAAUGCUGAUACUGACAACAGUUUAAAGGACAGUGUGGAGAAAUCAUCAUCUUAUUCUGACUGGCUAAUAAAUAAUAGCAUUGCUGAACUCGUAGCAUCCACAGGUCUCCCUGUGAACAUCAGUGAUGCCUAUCAAGAUCCUCGCUUUGAUGCUGAAGCUGACCAGAUUUCUGGCUUUCAUAUACGGUCUGUUCUGUGUGUUCCUAUAUGGAACAGCAGCCACCAAAUAAUUGGGGUAGCUCAAGUGUUGAACAGGCUUGAUGGGAAACCCUUUGACGACGCUGACCAGCGCCUGUUUGAAGCUUUUGUUAUUUUUUGUGGCCUGGGCAUCAACAACACAAUUAUGUAUGACCAAGUGAAGAAAUCCUGGGCAAAACAGUCUGUGGCUCUUGACGUGUUAUCUUAUCAUGCAACAUGUUCGAAGGCAGAAGUUGACAAAUUUAAGGCAGCAAACAUCCCUCUGGUGUCAGAGCUUGGCAUUGAUGACAUUCAUUUUGAUGACUUCUCGCUGGAUGUGGAUGCCAUGAUUACUGCAGCCCUGCGGAUGUUCAUGGAACUUGGAAUGGUUCAGAAAUUUAAAAUUGACUAUGAGACGCUGUGUAGGUGGCUUUUGACAGUUAGGAAGAAUUAUCGAAUGGUUUUGUACCACAACUGGAGGCAUGCCUUCAACGUCUGCCAGCUAAUGUUUGCCAUGUUAACUACCGCAGGAUUUCAGGAGAUUCUAACUGAAAUUGAAAUUCUAGCUUUGAUUGUGGGAUGCUUGUGUCACGACCUUGACCACAGGGGAACCAACAAUGCCUUCCAAGCCAAGAGUGGAUCAGCCUUAGCUCAGCUCUACGGCACCUCUGCUACCUUGGAACACCACCACUUCAAUCAUGCUGUCAUGAUUCUCCAAAGUGAGGGUCACAACAUCUUUGCUAACUUGUCCUCUAAGGACUACAGUGACCUUAUGCAGCUUCUAAAGCAAUCGAUAUUGGCAACGGACCUCACUCUGUAUUUUGAGAGAAGGACGGAGUUUUUUGAACUUGUCAGUAAAGGUGGUUACGAUUGGAAUACAAAAAAUCACCGAGAAAUAUUUCGAUCAAUGCUAAUGACAGCCUGUGACCUUGGAGCUGUGACCAAACCGUGGGAGAUUUCAAGACAGGCAACUGAGCUGGUAACCAGUGAGUUCUUUGAACAAGGAGACAGAGAAAGAUCUGAACUGAAACUCACCCCUUCAGCGAUUUUUGAUCGGAACAGGAAAGAUGAACUACCCAGGUUGCAGCUCGAGUGGAUUGAUAGCAUCUGCAUGCCAUUGUAUGAGAGUCUGGUGAAGCUGAAUGUGAAACUGAAGCCUAUGCUGGACUCUGUGGCGGUUAACAGAGGUAAAUGGGAGGAGCUGCACCAAAAAAGACUUCCUUCUCAGGCAGCAUCCUCGUCCUCCCUUUCCUCUAGCUUUACUGUGUCUCUCAAAGACAUAAAUUAAUCCUGCAAAUGUCAGCGUCGCUUUACGGUAGGAGCUGUCUGAAAGGUUUUGGUAAGCUUAGGCCCACCAUUUUUUUUAAGAAAUGCUUUCAAAAGCAUGCUUAAUUGAUUGGAUAUUAUCUUGAUAGCAGCAUAGUUUGCUUUUACUUAGUGGGCUUAGUGGGACUGAAAGGAAGGCCUGCGGUGAGACUGCGCUGGUAUCUGGAGUGACAUGGAAGACUCAGCAUAAGAAGCAUUCAUUCAGCUCCACUACAUUUCAAUUGCUGCUGUAAAAAUCUGUAAAGCUGACAACAGACUGAAAUAUAAGAACUUACAGCUUAAUAAAAUUAAUAAAACACAGCAGAACUGGGAUGCAAGCUGGUCAAUUCAUAUGCAAGGAGCUGCAGGAAAACAGAAUAGUAUGUAAUUAUGUUGUUGUUUUGCAUCUCUUCAGUACAUGUUAUGAAUCAAUUAUGCCUGCUUUUGUGAUGUCCCUCUCUCUCUUCCCUUCUCUUUUAUGCCUGAAUGUUCUGAAAAGCCUGCUUUGUAUUCUAAAGAAGUAUUUUUUUACAACAAAGCUUCUUAGUGAUUGAUCAGGGCCUUUAGGAUUGCCUACCUUUGCUACAUUUAAAAAACAAACUUUAUUAUCUUUAAAAGCACCAACCUGUCCCUGCUUCCCUGAGAAAUUCACAUUAACGAUGCAGUAAACUUCUUAGCAAAGGAAGGUUUGCAUAAAGGCAAAAUACUGCAGAGAUUUCUUCUUUUUCUUUUAAAAAAUACUCUUUUAACAUGUUAACUUUAAAAAAAAAAAAAAGAGUAAUGGGCUUUAAUGAAAAUACAGUACAAAUAAAAAAGGAAGUCUGUUGCCUUGUCCUUCAGGUUUAUAUUACAUUGAAAAUUAGACCAUGGAUGAGCCUUUCCAGUAUAAUUUCCAACUGAAAUUUCUAUUUUGAAAUGGAGAGGAAGAAUAUGACCAUACUGGAGUGACUGCCUCUUCCUUCUCUUUCAAUACAAUUUAAAAUGCUAUUACAGCUAGCCCAGCACCAGUCAAGGCUUACAUGGAGAUGUCUGUGGCAGAGGUGUUCAGAAAAAUCUAAUCAAACAUGAUGGGUCACAAAAACAGCUGUGUCUAGUUCUGUGAUGAUGUUAGUAUUACCUGAAAGUCGGUCUCUUUCCAUUAGUGCAAAGAUCACUAGUGUAGCAAAACUGUGAUCUAUGAUUUCAGGGUGCUUUCUCUGCUGCAUGACCCGACACAAGAGGAGUCAUGCUGCAGUGCUUAUGAGUUCCCAUUCAUAAGGAAAAAAAGCCUUUGUACUCCAUGAAAAAUGGGAUUCUAAAUAUAGGGUUGUCUGGCAGCAGAAAUUAAAGCUGGAUUCAGCUAAGUCUUAACACCUGUGUCAAACUCCAUUUAAUUCAAUGGAAUUACUUUGAACUAACACCAACUUAAUGGAAAUGAGGGCCUGGCCCAGCUGACCAGAUGCUAAAAAGAGCUUUCCACCUUCCUAAGGAAAGUGAGUCAUUAACACCUUUGAAAAGCUGACUACAUUUGUCUGACAAUCAAACAGAAACAGCAAAUCUAUUGAUUACUCUUUAAAAAAUUCCCAAACAAACCACAGCAAAACAAACCCGCUCUGUGGUAGGGAUCAUGUGUACAGGAGAACAGCUGGAGAUAGCAGUACCACUGCAAACCAAUCUGUUAGUAUGUAAUUGGACCACAUCACCUUCUGUAGCAGAAAGAAGCAGAAAUGCAGACUGCACAGCAGAGAAUACAUGCACCGAAUGGAAAUGUUUCUGCUAUUAUUUUACCACUUCUUUCUUCCCUGAAUAAAGACACACAUAAGAUAGCAAGCAGCAAGCCAUACAAAACUUACCACCCGUACUUUAUAGGAAAAACAGAUACGAGGAACUGCCAUAAUUCUGGCAGGUACACACACCUUUCCUGAAUUUUGAUAUUGCAUAUUGCUAAGUAUAACAUAAUUUAUAAUGUGUACCCUCCAGCUUCCCCCAAGGUUGAGGCUCCCCUCAUUUCCUCUCCCUUUUAUUGGCUUCAGUGCACUGUUGCCCAUGGCAACACCCAUGGUGCAGGGAUGGGGAUGCAGCAGGGCCACAACCUGACAUACAGCUGAAGCUCUAACAAUGUCAACCAUCAAUCAAGUGACUGUUUGUAAUUGCCUCCAUCUAUUUCUCCUGUCUUUCGGUAUCUUUGCUAUUGUGGGUCAAAAUUCAGAAACUGCUGACUAAUGUUACGGUUCUGUUCCUCCAUCACAAGGAAGAAAAGGAGAGAGCACUGCUAGAUCUUUAUCAAAUUGUUCUCAGGCAAACUGAAGCAACCCUACUGAAAGCAGGGGAAACAGUACUGCACCUCAGAACAGCAUUUGGUCUCUGAAAGUGAAAGAGCUCAAUCUUAAAAAAAAACAACCAAAAAAAACCAAAAACACCUCAUACUUUUUUUUUUUUAACACUUAGCUAGGGAAUUGGCAACAGACUUGCAUUUUUGUGAGACAAAGAGGAUUCUUUGUGGAAACAUGCGGUAUAGUAAAGAAACAUAUUUCAGGUUUCUCAUGUUUUAAGAUGGUGAAAACCACUUUUUAGCUAGUGCUUACAAGCUUGAUAGACAGAAAUUAUACCUGCUUUUCAUCAUUUCUGAUAGGGCAACAUUUCCCAGUACUCCAGUCAGUUCUGCCAAACGCUUCCAGAAUGUGCACAGAUGACUCUCUAGGCUGUUAAAUAGGCAUUAUCUGUCUUUUACUCAUUUCUCUGCUCACUGCACAAGGGGAGAUCAAAACCCAUUGAGAUUGGCUUAGUUAUGUGAAUGCACAUAAAGCACAGGUCCCCAAGAGGUGAAGGCAAAUUAGAGGGCAUAAGCAGAAGAGGACAGAGAACCCACUGUUACCCAGGACAAUGCUAACAUUGCUUGGCCUUUCCCUGGAGGUGCCCAACGUAUCUGGUCUGCCUCAGCAAAAAACAAGUCAUCGCUUUUUUGCCCCAGCAGUUAGUGGAAAUUUGGCCUUGAAUGAGGGCUCUAGCCCUCAUUUACAAUUCCAGUGCUAAACUGUGGUGAGCAUGUGGAUCAUCUAUAGGGUCACAGGGGCUUAAUUCUCCCCCAAAUUUGCUUCGAGCUAGUUCAACAGCAAUGCCUGUUUCUAGGUGUCCCACUCACUAGUGCUAAUGGCAGCCUGAAUUCAGUCAGGUUUCUUGUCUUCUGAAUUGCAGGCUGUGCAGUCUCACAGAGGCCAGCCAGCAGCCCUUUAUCAACAGAACAUGCUCAGGAGAAAACCUGGGUUUUCAUCCCCAUCCUCAAAGAUGGGUCAGGUCACACAGUAAUUCCACUCAGGACUCCCACCUGUGAGACCGCUUAACAAAAUCAAAUUUUCCUUCCCAUAAAAAAGAAAAGCUUCUAUUUUCCUGUGUAAGUGCCCUAGCAUUACAUAGGAUAAUUGGGAAGGAGCCUUACAUUCAAAUCCUACUUGAAUCUGGAGGAGAUUUCAAACUGCAGCUGCACAUUCCCCACCAGUCUGUGGGGAGUCACAAGGGUGGGCUUGUCUCCUGCCCUCUCCAUAAGCAAAGGAGUGUGUCCAGCAGGGAGACAGGAUGCCUGCUGGGUACAGCCCAAGCACCUGCUUCACUCCUGGGAGAUGCACAGAGCUGACUUUGGUAGAGGAGUUCAGGAGGGGCUUGUAUGCACAUCCUGCUGGAAUGAAAUGUGUCCCCUACAACACAACACUGUGACCCCACCAGAAAAACAGAAAAGCUAACACUGUCCAAGGCAAGGAGCCCUGGGGUAGAGGCUCUCCUACUGUGGUUCAGAUAGAUGUCCUUCCUCCCAAGAACAAGAAGUGAAAGAGGUAUCCUUGGCCAUACUUUGAGUAGUAAAAUCAGACGAUUUCCUUACCUACAGGCAAAACAGAACAGCUUCAAAUUGCAAUCGAGAUGAAGACAUCUGCUUCUUUCUGUCAGGAGCCAGGUUUGCUCCUGCUCCAAAGCAGACUCACACUUACACGGCCAGACAGCAGCAGCACACAGAAGUUUAAGCUGGAUGCCUCAGGUGGCAACUGAACACUGAACUCCCCAUACAGCACUGUCACAGCCAGUCCCUACUGCACUGAGGAGGUCGUUGCUAUGGUUUGUACCCUGCAGAAAACAACCAUAGAGUAGACGAGUAUGUUUCAUUUUAGCUCAGGUAUUCCUGCAGAUGGUGCCCUUGGUACAGCAGGUGCACUUUUCUGGACUGGUGACCUUCCUAACUGCUCCCUCUUAUAGUGCACUGCAAUCUCGUAAUGUGCCUGUAGUUAUCAUCAAAGCCAAUGCUAGUAUUCACAAACUACUUUUGAAAACUGCAACCAGCAGUGCCUAAUGCAACUUGUAAUAUUUAGAUUAAUUAAUCCUGGUGGGAAAAUAGGCAUGUUUCAGCCUACACGCCAAAUACUUAUUUUCCCUUCAUAAAAUUAAAACCAUUUUAGUUACUGAUAGAACAUUUAUGCAUUGAGUGACAUUUUCGAACAGGUUUAUUUCAAGGUUAUGUAAAAUAUACUAAUAGACACUACCAAUGCUUAGAGUUCUGGGCAAGAAAAUGUAGUGCGAGGAGAUUUUUAUUGGCUUUAACAAAGAAACAGAAGAUUUUAAGAGUAAAAUCAUGUGAAUGGUUUCUAAUAUAACAAUGACGUGGGGGGUAUAAAUCAGCUGAAAUGAGACUCCAGACUUCCAUGCCUUGAAUGUGCCAGGACUGGAAUACAUCACAUAUAUUGCUUAUUACCUUUUCUUUCUUGGAUUACUUUGUAUUUAAUUACCCAUUUAGAAGCAUGUUGGUCACUUGUAGUUGUAUGGGGAAUAUAAGCUCUGAACCUUUGCCUAUGGGAAACAACUGACACACGCACAGAAAUACUGUGUGUAUGUUCUAAUGCAAGUGAACCCUAUGUACUUUCCAAAUGUGUAACUUCAGACUUCUGGAUCCUUUUUCUUUUUGCAUUUUAAGACCAUUACCCUCACUGUUUUGCUUUAGUAGAUCAAACAAUGCUGAUUCAGCUUUUUAGAGCAUGGUUUUGAAAUUAACAACUCGAUUUUAUUGGUCUCUCUAAAAAGAAAAAAAAAAAAAAAGAAUAAUAAAUAAUUUUAAUGGUUUGCUGUGAUUUUUUUAUUA